AGAAUAAAAUAGAAAAAAAUCUUAAUAAUCUCAAUUACUUGAAGAUAUACCAUGAGGCUGGUAUCACCUGUAGUACUACUGCGGCUCCUUGUUGUCAUUGUUCUGGUAACGGCAGUGGUAGUACUUCAGGGUUUAUUGUUACCAAAUUGGUAUGGAAUGAUUAAACAUGUUAAAGAGGAUGUUAAUGUGAGCUCCAAUCAUUUGCAUUCCCAACUCAAAUCCCAAAUUGAGAGAACUACAAGGCUUUUCAGCCAAACAACUUCUUCUACACCCAACUUGGCAAGAUUUUUAGAUUCAUCUUUUAAUGGAUCUAACCUCUCAUUCUCUGAUAUUGAAAUCAAGGUGGCGCCACUUUUAUUCCAAUCGCUACUAAUGACCCCACACCUUGGUCAAAUCUCAUACAUUGGAAAAGAUGGUCAAGUUAUAUCCUACUCCAUGGACCAACUCAAUCAAAUAUUUAUGAUCUACUCUCCUCACUAUUAUUCCACCCCCAUGAAAAACACCAAUUGGUACAAACAAAGAGUUGAUCAUGACACUGGAAAGACACUUGGAGAUGUCACCACAUUCAAACCAUUCACCACCAUUAAUGCAAGCUCCUUCACAGACUUAGCCUUGAACAGCAUGAAUGGCUCCUAUGCUUUUCUAGGAACUAAAUGGGACAAUGGUCAUGAUCUCUUACUCCAAAACUCAGCCACUGUUAACCAUGGCAAAGGUCUCAUUGUUCUAGGGUAUUUGGUCAAAGACCUAAGUGAUGAGUUAUAUGGUGAUGUGAGUAGUAGUAGUAGUGGUGGUAGUAGUAGUAGUAGCUUGUUGUACUUGGCUACCAAAGGUGGAGAAAUGGUUGUUAAUCAUGGGCUCAAAGGGACUAAGAUGGUCGUUGAUGUAGAGGAUCAUAGUAAUCAUGUUUCAGUCUCAUUUGAAUUGAUUGAACCCAAUGGUAGUGGUGAUCAUAAUGCAAGUGUUAAAUGUUAUUCUUAUAACAGUGGGAGAUCUUCACCAUCACCAGUGAUAAGUACUACAGUUGUGAAUAUUGAAGGAACCAAUUAUGACUUCUAUUGUUCUCAACUUGAUGUGAUUGGGGUGCAAUCGGUGUAUGCAUUGGCAGUGCCACAAAGUGAAAUGGUGAACUUUGUGCACAAGCAAAGUACAGUGCAGCUCAUCCUUCUAGUAUCAAUAAUGGUGACAACCAUUCUUCCAAUAUUCAGCUUUGUGUUCAUAAAUUUCAGAGACUCAAUAAUAGAGAAUUAUCUGAGAGAUGCACUGAUGGAGCAAAGGGAGGCAACCAAACUAGCUGAGGAGAGGACUCAAAACAGAAGCCUAGCUUUUGCAAGAGCCAGCCAUGAUAUCAGAGCUCCUUUGGCUGGAAUUAGUGGUCUCAUAGAGUUGUCUUAUAAGGAGGUUACUCCUGGCACUGAGCUUGAAACUAAUUUAAGACAAAUGGAUGCUUGUACCAAGGACCUUUUAGGUAUAUUGAACACCAUUCUUGACACAAGCAAAAUUGAGGCUGGAAUGAUGAGGCUAGAAGAGGAAGAGUUUGAAAUGGCUCCUCUUUUGGAAGAAGUAGCUGACUUGUACCACCCUGUUGGAGCUAGUAGAGAAAUUGAUAUGAUUUUGGACCCUUGUGAUGCCUCUGUGAUAAAGUUUUCACAUGUCAAAGGUGAUAGAAUCAAGCUUAAACAGAUACUAUGCAACUUGUUAAGCAAUGCUGUCAAAUGUACACCAAAUCAUGGUCAAGUGGUUCUUAGAGCUUGGGCUAGAAAACCAUGCUUCACAAAUAGCUCAAUCAAUGACACCCCACCAAAUGAAGGAGUUAUAAAGAAACUAUUUCCAUGCUUGUCUCAAAAGAAAAAAGCUCAUGAGAACGACCAUGACCAUGAUGCUGUUGCUGCUGAUGAUGAUCAAUCCAUGAAUAUGGUCAAGAACGACCCGCAUGUUAUGGACUUUGUGUUUGAAGUGGAUGACACUGGGAAAGGAAUCCCGAAGGAAAAACGAAAGGCGCUUUUCCAAAACUAUGUCCAAGACAAAGAUACUACUGUAAUUAAAGGAGGCACUGGCUUAGGACUUGGUAUUGUCAAGUCUUUGGUAGAAUUGAUGCAUGGAGAAAUCUCUGUCGUGGACAAGAACAUUGGAGAAAAGGGAGCUUGCUUCAGGUUCAAUAUUCUUCUCUCUGUGUGUGAGGAUGCCUUUGACAAUAAUAAUAGCUGUACUACUAAAGAAGACCAAAAUGAAUUGGAAACUAAUGCUACUAAUAAUAGUAGUACUGCUACUAAUAAGGAAGACCAUGAAUUGGAAACUAAUGAGCUGGUACCAAGUAACAUUGGUAAGCAAGAAGAAGAAGGUGUUAGCCAAAUAAGCACACUCAACCCGAACUGUAGUCCAAGUCCUAAGGUAGAUAGUUCUUAUGUUAUCCUAAUGAUUCAAAACGAUGAAAGGAGAAGAGUUUCACUGAAUUUCAUGAAGAGACUUGGGAUAAAUGUUUUGUUGGUGGAACAGUGGGAACAACUUCCUAGUAUUCUCAACCAAGUGAAGUGCAUGAAGCAAGGGAACAACAGUGGUGACAACUCAAGCACAGACUCUUCAGCAUGCCAGAGUCCUUACAAAGCCAUUGAAACAAAUGGCGAAAACUACGCGCUUUCCCUCUUCAAAAGGAGUACUACUAUUGAUCAUCUACCUCGGGGAACAUCGGGUGGGUUAGUAGUAAUGGUAGUGGAUACAACUGCUGGACCAAUUUCGCAGCUGUUAGAGGUGGUGAAUGAGUUCAAAAACAGCCUCGAAAACACUACUUGCCGAGUUUUUUGGCUAAUGAAUCCACUGACUCGUACCAUCGACAACUCUCUCUUUGACACAACUGACACUAUUAUGUACAAGCCAUUCCAUGGGACUCGUUUGUUCCAAGUGGUGAGACUUCUUCCAGAAUUUGAGGCUUCAUCUUCAACUACAGUUCCUUCUAGAAGGGUCAAGCAUGAAAUCGAAGAAGUUGGUAGUACAAGCAGUGAGUUCAAGAUGCUUUUGAACAAGACCCUUUCAAUCCAUGAACAUGAUUACAGGUACUCAUCUUAUCAUAUGUCUAAGACUCAAUUUCUAAGUGAAAUACAAGAACCUGGGGAAUCGACCAAGACAAGCAAUCCAAGUGAGAAGCUACCAUUAAGUGGGAAGAAGAUUCUGGUUGUAGAUGACAACUUAUUGGCUCGAGAAUUGGCUAGUAGAAUAGUCAAACAGCAAGGUGCAACUACUGAUCUAUGUUCAAAUGGCAAAGAAGCUUUUCAACUUGUUUCCAAAGAACUAGCCAAUCAGAUGAAACAUGGAGAAUCUAUGACUCUUCCUUACUAUUGUAUAUUGAUGGAUUGUGAGAUGUCAGUAAUGAAUGGAUAUGAAGCAACUAAGGAGAUAAGAAAAGAGGAGAAACUAUACGGUGUUCAUAUACCAAUAUUCGGUCUGACUGCUCAUACAGCAGGUUCUGAAGAAACUGACAAGACAACAGAAGCUGGGAUGGAUGCUUGUCUAAGCAAACCGUUGAAACAAAACGAUCUGUUUAAAGCCAUCCGAUCCAUCAAUGCAUCAAAGUGAUCAUGUUCCCUACAUGCUAUCUUGAAAGUUUGUUAAUGAGAAUAAGCAAUUCACAGAAACUCGUUUCUGUGUUACUAUUUAACUGAGACAGGAACAAAAAAAUACACUCACAAACACAGACAAUAAUCUUAGUUAAGAACCAAUAUUAUCAUACUGAUAUGGGCUUGGUAAUCUUAU